AUGUCUCUUCUUUACGAUGAACAGAUAAUAAUUCUCGGCUCUGGAGUGAUUGGUCUGACCACUGCUCUCGUCCUAGCUCGCAGGGGUCUACGCGUCAAGGUCAUCGCGCGGGAGCUGCCGUCCGACUCGACCUCGCAGGACUGGUCUUCUCCGUGGGCGGGCGCCAAUUGGUGUCCUUUUGGCUCCGAUUCGAGGGUCACAGCUUGGGAAACCGAGGGAUUCAAGCGGCUCUCCGAACUUAUCCCCUCCGGGCUCGCCUUGAGCCUUCCUAUCACUCGGUAUGCCGCCACUGAGGCUGGACUGCAUAAGCACUGGUACAAGAAUGUCGUGCCGGAUUAUCGCGUACUCCCAUCCUCCGACUGUCCGCCUGGCUCCGUCGGUGCGUCCUGGACGUCCUUGUCGGUCGAUGCGCCCAACUAUCUGCGAUGGGUCGAGAAGCAGUGCGUAGCCCUGGGCGUGACGUUCAAGCGCAGGACGGUGAGGCAUAUCUCGGAGGCGGCAGAGAAGGAUGGGCAAAUCGUCGUCAACGCGACCGGGCUCGGCUCACGCACUCUGGGCGGCGUCGAAGACGAGGCUGUCGAGCCUAUCCGCGGUCAGAUCGUUAUCGUCCGAGCUCCUCAGGUCAAGACCUGCGUCAUGGAUUCGUCAAAAUCCGAUAUCGACCCUACGCGCUCGACCUACAUCAUCCCGAGACCGGGCCCAGCCAACGAGGUCAUCUGCGGCGGCUGCUACGAGGUCGGGAGCUUUGAGCGCAAGGUGGACCCAAUCCUUUCCCGGCAGAUCCUCGAAAAGUGCCUUGCUCACUUCCCGGCACUCGCGACCAAAGGCCAAGGUGUCGAAGGCGUCGACGUGAUCCGCCACGCUGUCGGCUUCCGUCCGUCACGCCGAGGCGGCCCACGUCUCGAAGCCGAGGAGAAGCGAGCAGGGCGGAAGUCGUACACUGUCGUUCAUGCUUAUGGGAUCGGGCCGGCGGGGUAUCAAGCUAGCUGGGGUAUGGCGAAGGAGGUGUCAGAUAUCAUCGGGCAGAUCAUUGUGCGCGCGAGCAAGCAGCCGAAGCGGGUGGUCAGGGAGGAGGUGGCCAUCAUGGCAAAGUUGUGA